CUGUUCAACAACGUCUCAUAUUUUGCAUGCACACAUUUAGUCAGGCCACCUGGCGGUCAUUCUGGUACACAGAGUGGCCAACUGUCCAUGAUGAGGAGAGGAGCUACAACUUGUGGUACAAGUAAAAUUUUCCCUCUUGUUGGAAUGGGAAUGCUGUUUCUCAUGAUAUAUUCCCAGCCUUUAGUUAAGAAGCCUAUUCCAGUCUACGCUGAGAGGGGUAUAGAAGCCAGCAAACAUAUAAAACUACAGAGCCAUAGGGCUGAAGAGCAGUCGACAGUGAGUCCAAGACAAGUGCAGGAGAAUGUCUCAGGUUCUUGUGUUCCGCGGGAGACGUUUGUCUUCACGAAGGGCCACAAGACGGGCAGUACCACCAUGGUCAACACCUUCCAGCGCUACACCAUCUACCACAACCUAACAGUGCUGAUGCCAGUGGGUCGAGGCCCGCUAAGCUGGCCGUUCCCCCCGCGGGAAGACGAGUAUGUACAUCUGCCAGGAGAGCGGUACGACGCGCAGCUGCACCACUUUGUGUACAACAAACAAUGGCUACGGAAAAAGUUCCCUCCUGACACUCCCUACUUCUCGAUCAUCAGACAGCCUUUCAGCCAUCUUAAGUCCCAGUUUAACUACUACCGCCUUCCUGGCCUCCUUGGCAUAGAUAAGUCGCCAAACCCGCUCAAGACGUUCCUUAAGGACCCUUGGAGGUAUCAGAACAAGUCUGAAGUUUUCUUCCCCCACGUGAACGUGACUUGGGACGGUUCGAGGAACCCCAUGAGCUUCGACCUUGGGUGGCCGGCAGUGAAGGCUGACAGCGAGGAGGAAGCGCGUGCCUACAUCACUCAGCUCGAAACCGACUUUAAGCUGGUCCUGAUCCUGGAACACAUGGACGAGUCGGCUGUCCUUCUAAGACGCCUGAUGUGCUGGAAGACUCAAGACGUUGUCUACUACUUAAAGAAGAAAAACGAGCGCGAGUACUCCUUUAAGAAGUAUGUACCAACGCCGAAGGAGAUUGCGAACCACCGCCGUUGGAGCGCAGUAGACUACAUGCUGUACGAAACUUUCAACAAGUCACUCUGGCAGAAAAUAGAAGAUCAGGGUCCAGACUUCUUCGAUGAGGUUGAAUACUUCAAGCGCAUCAACGCAGACAUCAGCAGCCACUGCACAAGAACCAUGGAGCAGCACAAGAAAAGAACUAAACACAAGAAGAGACAACAGAAAAGGGAAACCCUGGUGGUGCCGGUAUCUAAGUGGAGCCCGGAGUUUGUGGUGGACUACACAUUCUGUUUUUACAUCACGCCAAAAAAGACCAUCACUCUAGACGUUGUGAUGAGGGGAGGACGGAAGUACAGCAAAGAGGAGAUGAGCUACGCGAUAAUCGGUAUAACGACAAACCUGGCACGUAUCCGCAAAGGACUGCCAACCUAUAACAGCAAACGUGACGCCAAGCUAGCUGGGAUCAAGAUUUAAGUUCAACAGAAACACCAGCUAAUAAAUAAAAGCACAAGUUUAACAGUC